AUGGGGAUAUCGCACAGCAAAACGCAGACAAAGAAGAAAGCAAAUAAAAAACUAACACCAGAAGAGUUGCAAACGCUUGAAAGUGCGACAUACUUCUCCCGAAAAGAACUGAAAAAAUGGUACAAGGAUUUUGUUCGCGACUGCCCGAGUGGUGAGCUGAAAAUGGAAGAAUUUCAAGGAAUUUACAAACAGUUUUUCCCCAACGGAGAUCCAUCAAAGUUUGCGUCAUUUGUUUUCAAUGUUUUCGAUGAUAAUCAUGCAAGGGCGUUCUCGCUGUACGAUGUAGACAAAGAUGGAUUCAUUACCAAAGACGAGAUGGCAGACAUUGUUGAUGCAAUUUAUAGUAUGAUUGGUAACAUGCUGGAAUUGCCAAAAGACGAAGAUACUCCUCAAAAACGCGUUGAGAAAAUUUUCACAAAUAUGGACAAGAAUCUGGAUGGUCAGCUGACUAGAGAAGAAUUCAAGGAAGGCUCCAAAGCAGAUCCAUGGAUUGUCCAGGCUCUUACCAUGGAUAUAUCAAACUGA